CGCUGACGUCGUGGCUCAGUUGGCAGUAUAUAUACCGGCGGCCAGCGGUACCAGCAUCAGUAGUCAUCGCGGCACCUUAGCGGAGACGCAACAUCAGUCCGGCAGUCAUGAAACCUUUCAUCAUCGGUCUCCUGGCCUCGGCCGUCCUCCUGGUCUCCGUGACCGGCGACCGUCUUCCAGGCGGUCUCUUUGGAGGCGGAGGUCAUCACCACGGUGGAGGAGGUCACGAUCAUCAUGGUGGCGGAGGUAGUAGUGGUGGUGGAGGUGUCUUCGGUGGUGGAGGAGAAGACCAUAAUGGCGGAGGCGGUCAUCAUGGUGGUGGUGGUAGUGAUGGUGGAGGCGGUCAUCAUGGUGGUGGUGGUGGUGGAAGCGAUCAUCACGGCGGAGGUUCAGGAGCAAUAUUCGGAGGUGCUCGUGGGUAAAGGAGACCAUCACCUCCAUCAUCAACAAAUAAAGAUGUUGUCUCAUUA